UCAAAGCAAACGAUUCCAAAACUCAAAAGAAGAAAAAUGGCUUGGUCUGCUGAAAACGCCACAAAAGCGUAUAUCCGUGCCCUAAAGAUGGCGAAAAUAGGUAAAGAGCCAGACGUGGCGGAAUUCAUAUCUGCCCUCGUUGCCGGCAACAACGCUCAACUCAUGGCGAUGAUAUGCCCUAGCAUCGCCGGAUCCACCGCUCUAGCACUAGUAGCAGCCGCCCAUCAAACCGGCGGCCGUGUUGUGUGCAUUCUAAGCGGCCUUAACGAAUUGCAUGCCUCAAAGAAAGCUCUAGGCCCCUAUGCAAAUUGUGUGGAAUUUGCUGUGGGGGAUGCACGCACCUUAUUGUUAGAUGACUACAAAGGAGCAGAUUUUGUGCUUAUUGAUUGUCACAUCAAUGAGCACAAGGGAGUAUUCUUCGCAGCGAAAAAGAAUGCAAAGCAUGAUGGGGCACUUAUUGUAGGGUACAAUGCCCUCCACAAGGGAUCAUGGUGGAGUGAAUUGAACACACAUUUUUUGCCCAUUGGAGAGGGGCUUCUGGUGACAAGAAUAGCGGCAACAAAUGCGGCCAGCGGUAGCCUAAAAAGAAGCCGGUGGUUGGUUAAAGUAGAUAAGUGCACCGGAGAGGAACAUGUCUUCAGGAUCACUUCCCCACAAAGGAAACAAAUUGAAGCCUAAGACUUUGUUUAACUCUCUGAGAGUACAUGGAGAAGGAAUAGGAAUAUGAACUAGAUAAAAUGGUUGUCUUUAUUAAUGUAUGAGAAGGAAGCUGAAGUUUUUUAAAAUUUCCUGUCAUCAUAAUUAGGAUUCAAAUUAGUGACAUCCGCUUUAUAAAGCGUGAUUCUUAACGAAUUAAGU